AUCCAGUAGAGCUGCGUCAGGGUGGCAGCAACUUCAGUGUAAAGUGAAAGUAAGUAGAUAAAAAAACAACAAACGCACACGGAAGACGCAGACCUAUUUCUCUUUGAGUUUGUUAAAGAGCUGGCGUCAAAAGCAGUUCCUGCAGACUAUGGCGCUGUGGGCGCAGAUGACCCCGCAGUUACAGUACCUGCCAACCCAGACGCUGAAUGAACUCUAUCCAGACACAUUUCCGUUGGACAUCAGGCACUACCUGGCCAACUGGAUAGAGGAACAGGCAUGGGAGAACUUUAAUGUAGACAAUGUGGAGCAGGAGCCUCAGGCUCGAAGGCUGCUGGAACGGAUGAUACAUUUGAUACAUGAGGUGGCCAAACAAAACCCUAACAUGGUGGAGAGGGUCAAGCUACAGCAAAUGAGCAAGAACUUGAGCGUGUUUCAUCCACAACCCUUGCAGCUGGUGAGGACAGUACGGGACAUUCUGAGGAGAGAAAGACAAUUGUUACAGACAGGUAUCCAUUCUGACUUCUCAGCCUUUCAGCCCAUGCCUCAGGGUCCUUCAUCUUCCAACGGCACCCAACAACUUCAACGGCAAGAUUCAAGAAUUGAUGUGGACAAUUUGGUGCUCAAAGUUUAUGAACUUCAGAACUGUCGUCAACAGCUUCAUCAGUUUCAGGAGAACUUGAACUAUGAAAAACAGGAAGCUGAGUCUGUACCUGGACAGAAUGAAUUGGAUCUACAACAUUCAGAUCCAGUCGCUAAAAAAAAACGCAUACAGCAACUUGAGUACAAUUCUUCAAUUUGUGCAGAGAAACGUGUACAGCUCCUUCAGGAAGCUGUUUGUGCCCUGGAGCAGUGCCAGUCAAAUCUUAUACACAGAAUUAAGUCCUGGAGGUGGGAGCAGCACAGGGCAACCAUUGGCUUGCAUUUCGAUGACAACCUUGGACACCUUCAGACACGGUGUGAGCAGUUGCUUGGGGUGAACGGAAAUCUAAGACAUGAGGUUAUGUUGGUAAAGAGAGACCAUGGAGUGGCUGAACCGUUUCAAACGAUGGAGGAAACUCUGUCACGUCUUCUCCAGACUCUCAUACAGAGUUCCUUGCUGGUAGAUAAGCAGCCUCCCCAGGUGAUUAAAACCCAAUCCAAGUUUUCCACCACUGUGAGGUAUUUACUGGGAGAAAAGAUCGCCCCUGGGAAACCCGUCCUGUUGAAGGCCCAGAUUAUUACUGAGGCACAAGCAAGAAACCUGGGUCAACAAGGAGUCAUACCCAGUGAAAAUGUAGGAGAACUUAUCAACAGCACAGCCAUACUAGAACAUAACACCACCAGCAAGAGCACAUGUGCCACCUUCAGAAAUAUGUCGAUAAGGAGGAUCAAACGUGCUGACAGGAAGGGCUCAGAAUCAGUGACAGAGGAAAAGUUUACCUUGUUGUUCACCACAGAAUUGACCAUCACAGGCUCUGAUUGCCCCUAUAGCAUGCAGAUCAUUUCACUUCCUGUGGUUGUAAUUGUACAUGGCAGUCAGGAAAUUAAUGCAAUGGCAACCGUUGUAUGGGACUGUGCCUUCUCCGAGCCUAACAGGGUACCGUUCGUCGUACCCGAGCGCGUGCCCUGGAAGCAGAUGUGCGAUGCUUUGAGCAGUAAAUUCAUGUCUGAAGUGCAGACUCAGCGUGGUUUGGACGUAUACAAUCUUCAUUUUCUUGCCCAGAAGAUCUUUGACCAACCAGACAUCUCGGGAGACUUUACCAACAUGCCUGUGUCCUGGGCUCAAUUCAAUAAGGAAGUUCUGCCUGGCCGAAACUUCACGUUCUGGCAGUGGUUUGAGGGAGUGAUGGAUCUUACAAAGAAAUGCCUAAAAGAAUAUUGGAGUGAAGGAUUGAUCUUUGGCUUUAUUGGAAAACAGCACCUCCAUGUCAUCCUGCAGAACAAACCCAGUGGCACAUUUCUUCUGCGCUUUAGUGACUCAGAGAUGGGUGGCAUCACCAUCGCCUACGUAGGCCCCACUGACAAUGGAGGCAGGAAAAUACAGAAUAUUCAACCCUUUACCAAGAAGGAUCUGGACUCAGCCGGACUUGGUGACCGUAUACGAGAUAUUAACUGCAUCACUCAUGUGUAUCCUGACAUGCCAAAAAAUGAUGCAUUUAAGAAAUUCUUUACAGUGCCCUCCCCCCCUCAUCCAGAUGGAUACCUGCCAUUUAAACUAACAACAGUAGUCAACACAGACCCUAGCACCACAUCCUCCAACAUGCCAAAUCAGAACGAACUUUUAUCUGACCUCUUUACACUUGGCUCUCCUAUGCAAAUGCCUUUCAGCAACCCGGUUGACCCACAACAUUCCACUCUUUGUUCACCCCCGUAUAUACAAGACCAUCACAUGUCUUUUCCAGGACCAGUAAUUCCAACAACCUUAAUAAAUUCUGCAAGUGAGAUAAUGGACAUGGAAUCGGGAUGGAAUGACGGGAUUUUGUCAAUGUGUCAAAGUGCCACCGAAGACCCACAUUCUGCUUAGACGAUUCAUACCGCUCUUCUCUUCCUGUUGGAUUAAUGCUAACUAACACAUGGCUCGGUGCUCCUUCCACUGCAAAUUGCUUGUCUUACUAAGGUCACAAAAGGAUAUGAUAAUCUGAUGUAUAGGGAUAUGUUAUAUACACUUGUCUUUUAUGUGUAUAAACGCACACAUACAUGAAUCAAUCAAUCAGUGGUAAACAAUAAGACCGUGGGCUGAGGGAUAUGAUCACAUGGUUUGUAUACAACUAAAUGUUACAGUCAUUCAUAGUAAAAUAACUCAACUAGACCAUUGUGUUAUUUUGGCACUUGAGUCAUUCCUGAAGUAUCAGUCUCGACAACAAAGCAGCAUUAUAAUUGACAAGUGAGACAGUAAGAGACCAAAUACAUUUGACUUAACAAAUAUGUUGAUUCUUUUUUUAUCUGCUGUUUAUUCAACUGUAUGCUAUCGGUAAAGCAAAUAAAUUGUUGUAUUAAAUCUUAGUUUAGGCCUCACAGUUAUAACUCAUAUGUGUAAACUUUGCUCAUCUGACAGUCUUUUUGUAUUGAGAGUUGAUUUGCAUAUUUACCAUUGAAUAUUCAGUAUUCUUCUGAUGCUACAGUCAGGUUAGACUAGAAAAGCUAAAAUCAAAAUCGAAUGUGACUAUAUUGAGUUUUACUUUACAUGUUCAUGUAUCUUGAUAUGUUAAUUUAGUGGCACAAUCAUCUAUUUCUGCAUUUUAGCACUUCUCUGAAAACCUCUUUACAUGACUGAGAACCAUGAAUCGUGUAAAAUACAUUUUAUAUGCACAGAAUUAAGGUGGUUUUGUGUUCACAUGAUGAAAGGUAUGGGUCUCUGCAUAGCCUACUCUACAAUGUUUUGGUGAAUCUUCCUCUUAAUGCACACAAGUCGGCUUGCUUAAAAUUGAAAUGUAAUAUAGUUCCUUUCCCACAAACUGUGAUUUUGCCUUCUAUAAAUACUGUUCAUUUCCCUUGUAAAAUAGUACAACUUCUAGUGCUUUGAAAAGGCAAACAUAUCAAAUGGGCUGUUUUUCAUUGUAAACAGUAACUGUUUGUAUGUAUUUUUAAAAGUCAUAAUAUCACAAUUUUUGUUUUAAUUGCAUAAGAUGUUCCGUCGAACACGCUGGCUGGAUAUCUACCCGUCUCAUCAUUGAUCUUAUAUCCCUUGUUAAGUCAUGACGUAAAAAAUACUGUUUCCGGGUCCAAGGUUCCAUUUAUUUGAAUAGAGGAUAUUAUUUAAACAGCCGUUUAUGAGCGCUGCUUAUUCAUAUUACACCUUUACACAAACAUUUUAUAACCUCACAGUGUACACAGCAGUCUCCAGGCUCACGGAAUCACAGACGGCAAUAUAUUAAUAAUUCAUAAAAAUUCCAUGUCCAUGUCUGGUCAUCUCGGAUUUUGUUAUGAAGAUAAAAAUUAGGAUUGGAUGUUUUUGCAUGAUUAUAUGAGCGUAUAUUAGCAUGAUUUUUAUGUUAUUUCCCUAUGGCAUUUGAAAUCAGUUGGCCCCAAAAGCAGUGCAUGACGUCAGACUUAACAAGCAGAUUGCAAUGCACAGUCACAAAGGAAUGUAAAACAUUCAUACAUUUGUCCCUGAGGAAAUUAAAAUGUCAAAGUUUAAAAA